CUGAACUCACCCCUCCAAAUAGUGACCAUUAACUUCCCACAAAGGUAUCUGAACUUUUCCUAGGGUCAUUAUGAGCGGAAAAGGUCUUUCCAAGGUCGUUCGUGGCAGCGAAUGCUUGUUUAAACAAGCGCCACUGAAUUCGUCAAGACAACAACGGUCAUUCACGAAUUCUGCAGUAUGUCAAAGAGUUGGUAUGUGACAGCAAGGUGGGUAAAUUACAUUUUAUAUGCUGAUUUUAAAAUAGGCUGUGUUCCAUAUUUCAGACCAACCUCUUCUCCUGAGCUUGAUGCCCUACUGUUGAAGUACCGAAAGAACCUCUUCCUGCCCGCACACCUUGCAGAAUACGACCAGCGGCUAGUAUACAGCACUAUAAAUGCGGAAUCACUUUUGAAUGACCCCGUCAAAGUCGUGGUUGGUGGGGAGGAGUUUGUCUUAGAGCACAUAGAUCGUGUGAAAGAUGUACCACACACCACAAAAGGAUUUAGAGAAGUCCUUAACCUCAUGACGGAAAAGAAAGAUUGGGACAAUCUGCCACAACUGCUUGAGGGGCACCGUGAUUGCAAAAGACAGAUAUCAUUAGCGUUAUACUGCCAGACAAUCCGACGAGCCGGUUUAGUAGGACGAAUGGAUACCAUUAUCGAGUCAGCAAGAAGAGUUCGCUAUACAGGCUUUCGUUUGAAAGAUGAGGAAAUUGUCAUGCAAGUGAUGUAUUGGAUUUAUUACAAAGCACAAGUCAGUGGUUUUGAAAAGCACGAAACGGAGCAGGCUCUUGCAUGGGCAGAAAGCGUGGCAGAUUUGCUCGAGGAUUCCAGACAUGCUGGAGACAAAGGACCAUUACUUGUGGAGAAAGGGAACGAUGUUCGGGCUCUUCCGGAAGUCAUUGGCAUAUUAUUGCAAUUGGCUGCAGUUCGUGCUGUAAAACAUACGGAUGGGAAAGAUUUGGAUGGGAAGGUCGCAACUUAUACCACGAGGCUUUUGGGAACCCCGUACGACUUGAGCACGGCUUUACUCAAUAUGAGAAGGCCUGAAGUACGGAUCUAUUCGAAAUCUGAUGCCAUUAACUCAGAAAUAACAAAUCAAACCCACGCUGAUGGCACAGAAUUUUCUACGGAAGAAAUCCAGAAAAAGACUCUUAGAGCGAAGAACGGUUGGCUUGUAGCUGCAGUACCGGUGUUGCAUGGGAUGAAAACAGCAUUGAAUGUGUUCGGCCCUGAUACGACAGCUUCAUUACGACUGAAGGAGAACAUACCUCGAUUAGAAAAGAGAGUCAGUAGGUACGCAUCCGAGCUAAAGGAUACUUCCGCGGGCAAUCUGGGCUUUAGAACGUAUACCAACUUAUUCGGCGCAAUAUGAAUCACGUGUUUCCCUUACUGAUCGAAUGGAUAACUUUUGUAUUUGUAUUU